AUGGCCCUCAGAACCGCUUCCAAGUUCAUAUUCACGCCCAUAGCAGGGUUUGGCCUGGGAUUGGCCACUUUCCUACAGUGCUGGCCAGCAGUCAAUGAAAACAGGCUGAAAACCCUUACGCUAAAGCGGCCCCUCGAGGAACAGCGGCGGGACAUCAUACACCAGUUACAAAAGCAUGAGAUAUUCCGGGAUCUCAUGCGGCGUGAGAACGUUGAGCAAUGGUCUCAGAGCGAGAAAAUCUCACAACCGCAUCGCGACAGUCAUGUGGGGCAGGGGUUGUUGUACGGUCCAGGAAGGCUCGAGAUCGACCCAUUGGUGCUCCACGAUCCGGACUCGCAAGAACUAGUGGUUUUCUACCAUCUCGGCCACAACCUCAACAACGAAAAGGGCAAGGUUCACAAGGGCGUCGUGGCGCUGCUGUUGGACGAGGCAUUGUGCUAUUGUGGCUUUCCGACUUUACCGAACAAAGCGGGUGUAACUGCUAAACUAGACAUCAACUUUUGCCACGACGUACCCACCGACUGCACGGUCGUGCUGAAAGCGCACGUAAUAGAGUCCAGGGGUCGCAAGUGUGUCAUCGGAGGCUCAUUGCAGACGCUACCGUCUCGCAGCUGGUACACGCCCUGGAAAGCGGAAAGCUCAACGGUCUUGGCUACCGCUACCUGCAUACUGGUUGAACCUAAGUGGUUCAAAUACGCGAAAUGGAUGCGCCCCGAUUGA